AGGAAAUAAUUUGCCAUGGACAUCCUUCGAAGUAAAUCUAGGAUAUAGGAAUAACGAGUGGAAUCCAAACAAGGGACAUGAUCUUAAUAAACAUAGGUAAAAGUCCGACCACAGGGAAGAGUGUCUUUAAAACGUGAACAUACCCACAUAGUGCUCUCAUGUCUGCAGCUAUGAGGGUGCCAAAGCUAGCCAUCAUCUUCUUGUUUGUGGGUUGCCUUGUUGUUUACUUGACUUAUGUGAAACAACACUUUGAUGACAAGAGGACAGCAACGGCCAAGUCUACAAACCAUUAUCACUACCAAGCAGACAGGAGCAAGACCUCAGCUCAUGUCAGCGAGGAACAUUUUCGAUAUGGCAUUAUGUUUGAUGCUGGGAGUACUGGGACCAGGGUCCAUAUCUUCCAGUUUCAGCAUGAUCCCAAGGAGGCUCCUAAAUUAGCACAUGAAACAUUCGAAGCUAUAAAACCUGGGCUCUCGGCAUACGCUGAUGAACCUGAGAGGAGUAAAGCAGGGGUCAAGAAUCUGCUGGAAGUGGCUAAGAAUGCUAUUCCUGCCCCACAGUGGGGCAGCACACCCCUGGUCCUCAGAGCCACAGCUGGGCUCCGCCUACUGCCUGGAGAGAAGGCCACUCACCUGCUGAACAAGGUCAGAGAGGUGUUUGAUGAGUCUCCAUUUCUCCAUAGAAAGGAUAGUGUGUCCAUCAUGGAUGGUACUGAUGAAGGAGUCUCUGCGUGGAUCACUAUCAACUUUUUAUUAGGUGGCCUCCAUGGCUCUGAGACGUCCACUGUCGGUAUGUUGGAUUUGGGAGGAGGUUCCACCCAAAUCACUUUUUCCCCUCAGGAUGAGAAAACUGUUCAGACCUCACCAAUAGACUACAUUACAUCGUUUCAGAUGUUCAACAGUAGCCACACACUUUACUCACACAGCUACCUGGGACUUGGUUUAAUGUCAGCACGGCUAGCUGUGCUCGGAGGAGUGGAAGGACAGCCCUUGGCAGGCACUCAGGAGUUGGUCAGUCCAUGUCUGGCCCCAGACUACACUGACCAGUGGGUGCAUGCUGAAGUCAAGUACACUGUGAAGGGCCAGAAAACAGGCGAGCCUAUCUAUGAGUCAUGUCUGAAGAAAGUGGAGAAGAUGAUCUACAAAAAAGUUAGAAAAGCAGAGGUCAAAGACAUGGAGUUUUAUGCAUUCUCAUACUACUACGACAGAGGUGUAGACUUGGGCAUUAUCGAUGAAAAGACAGGAGGGGCCAUUAAAGUUAGUGACUAUACUGAAGGUGCCAAAAAAGUGUGUAACAGCAUGGUGGCUGGAUCAGGGCCUAACCCAUUCCUGUGCCUAGACCUCACCUAUAUCUCAGUGCUGCUGAGGGAGCUGGGCUUCCCGGAAAAUAAAGUGUUCAAGUUGGCCAGGACAAUUAACGGUGUGGAAACCAGCUGGGCCUUGGGUGCUACUUUUCACUACAUGGAGUCAGUCCGCACACAGUGAGAUUCCGUCAGCAGACCACACUCCAAGCUAGGCUGCUGUUAUCUAAACUGAAUAUUCUGCUCUGGGAAAACAUGUGCUGAUUGUAUUACCAUUAUUUUACAUGGAUUUUAUGGAAAUGUGAGCUGAUUUUCUCAUGAAUGUGUUAGCAUUUUUUAAUAUUGAUGGCUUUGUUUUUUACACAUGAAAGAGUGUCUGAGUCAUCAGUCAUGAAGCUCAAGCUGCGUAUGUUGUUCAAUAAAAGGUAUGUUCUGGGUUAAACAUUUGGAAUACAU